AUGGCGACCUCGCCCUGCUCCAACUACGGACAUCCGUCGGUUGCCACCGCCGCCAACCUUGCCGGUGCCCAGCCCAACCCCGAAAAGGGUGUGUUCGCUCCGUGUACGCAUCACCAAGAGCAACCAAGCGUGGCAGCAGCGUCGAGCGGACUGAACCGUGGUAAGCCCCCUGUCGGCCGGCCAGUCAACGUACCGAAGCAGCGCCGCACUUACUGCAAAAAGUGCAAGGUUCACCGUGUACACAAGGUGACACAGUACAAAAAGUCUAAGGAAAGGCAGGCUUCCCAGGGUCGUCGCCGUUACGACCGUAAACAGAAGGGUUUCGGUGGUCAAACUAAGCCCAUCUUCCGAAAGAAGGCUAAGACCACCAAGAAAAUCGUACUCCGUAUGGAAUGCGUCGAGUGUAAGUACCGCAAACAGACCCCGCUGAAGCGUUGCAAGCAUUUCGAGCUCGGUGGCGACAAGAAGCGCAAGGGACAGAUGAUCCAGUUCUAA